CAACCUGCCGGAGUUCUACAUGGGGCAGCUUAAAGCACUAAUGUGCUCCCAGCCGGUGCCCUCAGUGAUGACCUUCACCAGCCAGCUUUGUUUUGUCAGCCAGCAUCAAACACUCAAAACUGUCUCUGGUUUCUGCUUCAGUGAGCAGGUGAUGCCCCCACCCCACCCCCUCACUCACCCAGUCUUGAACUUCUCUUCCCUCUUGCUUUGAUCUACCUUUGUGGUUUUGGUUCCAGACCAUAAUUUGGUUUUACCCCAAUGAAAGCCCAGUGGCCCGUUACUUCCUUCUUAGUGUCCUCCAAGGUCCCAUAACCAAGGUGACGCUGAGUCGUGUUUUUACAACUUUUUCCUUUCCCCACUCCAAGGCUUGUCUUGUCUUUGGCCAUAGGAUCGCUGGUUUGUUCUCACGCACAUUUCACUUGUGGAAACCUUUGAGUGGUCUUGGCUUCUGCUUCACGGGAGGCCAGAUCUCCUGGGUUUAGACUUAAGUCUAAUGGCGAGCCUGCGGUCAGGCCUGAGGAUGCAGUUGGCCUGUGUUUGGAACCUGCAGGAUAAGGAAGCCUGUGUGGGUACCAACAAUCAAAGCUACAUCUGUGACACAGGACACUGCUGUGGACAGUCUCAGUGCUGCAACUACUACUAUGAACUCUGGUGGUUCUGGCUGGUGUGGACCGUCGUCAUCAUUCUGAGCUGCUGCUGUGUCUGCCACCACCGCCGAGCCAAGCACCGCCUUCAGGCUCAGCAGCGGCAACAUGAGAUCAACCUGAUCGCUUACCGGGAAGCCCACAACUACUCAGCGCUGCCCUUUUACUUCAGGUUUUUGCCAAACUCUUUGCUACCUCCUUAUGAGGAAGUGGUGAACCGACCUCCAACUCCUCCCCCACCGUACAGUGCCUUCCAGCUCCAACAGCAGCAGCAGCUGUUGCCACCUCCUCCUCAGGGUGGCCCUCCAGGUGGCAGCCCCCCAGGAGCUGACCCGUCACCCCAGGGCUCCCAGGGAGCGCAGAGCAGUCCUUUGUCUGGACCGAGCCGAAGCAGCACAAGACCUCCAAGUGUCGCAGAUCCUCAGUCCCCUGAAGUGCCCACUGACCGGGAAGCCACCAAAGCCUCUGGGAUGGAGUCUGGUAGCCCUGUGGCCGGCCACGGGGAGCUGGACCCGGGUGCCUUCCUGGACCGGGAUUCCGAGUGCAAGGAGGAGCUACUGAAAGAAUCACGUUCUGAGCGUGGCGGCGUGCCCCCUGACAGCGAAGACAAGACCCCCGGUAGGCAUCGCCGCUUCACAGGUGACUCAGGCAUUGAGGUGUGUGUGUGCAACCGGGGCCACCAUGACGAUGACCUCAAAGAGUUUAACACGCUCAUAGAUGAUGCUCUGGACGGACCCCUGGACUUCUGUGACAGCUGUCAUGUGCGGCCCCCUGUUGAUGAAGAGGAAGGGCUCUGCCUGUCCUCGGAGGGUCAGGCUCGGGAGCAUGGGCACCCCCACCUGCCACGGCCGCCUGCAUGUCUGCUGCUAAACACCAUCAAUGAGCAGGACUCUCCAAAUUCCCAGCACAGUGGCUCCCCAAGCUAGGACACGCCCUGCCUGCACCCAGGAGCUCGACAACAACCAGGGUCAGGGACACCCACGAGAAAAGCAUUAAGUGACUUGGACAUGUGGCCCGGCCACUUUGUCCUCUUUAUUUUUUUUCCCCCCUCCUGUCCCACCUUGCCCACAUCUCCAGGUACAAAUUCAGGAUGUGGAUGCCUCCUCUCCCCACAAAAGCACAGUGUUCUAGAAGACGGAGAGGCUGCUCCUGUGACUCAUCCCGUACCCCCCUUUCAGAGCUGUGUCCCACCUACCUGCCUGGCUGAGAAACACGCGUUUGCAAAGCCCCCCGAGGACUGGGGCUGGACUGUGCCCUAAGGUGGUUCUCAGCGGUGACGGAGUGGAUUCUCGAGAGAACCGUGUCUCAGUCUAAGAGACACCGUUUCUCUUGGCCCAGAGUGAAGAAGGAAACCCUCAGGGGCCGGGGGAUUGUCACCGUGGCUGCCAGUGGCUGCAGAGCACUGGUCUAACCCUGUGGGAGGGUGACAGCUAGUCAGGGUAGUGAGGGACUCGCUGAGCUGACAAGGCCCAGGCAGAAAGUACAUAUCUGUGCGUUGUAGAGGGGACCCUUCCCAGCCUGGUUCAGGUGUCCAUGAUACUACAUUCUCUGGGUUUUCCUUUAAAAACAAGUAACAAAGGCUGGCAGGAAACAGCCAGACCAGUGGGCAGGCAGGGACUCUUCGUUACAAGGGAAUUCUGCUGCUGCUCCCCAGGCUGAGUCCCCAAGAGUCUGACUACCAUUGGGCCAGGAGGAGAGAGCCUGAACAGGCCUGGUGGCGGGAGCCUUGGGCCUUCCUUCGCUUCUGCCCUUUGUCCGUGCCCCUCCUGAACACAGUCUGCGGUCUCUGUCUCCCUGUCCUCUGUAAGCAGAUGGACUGAGGAAAUUGUGUGUUCAGGGCAAGGUGGCCUCAUAGCCUGGUUCUCACACAGUAUUUCCUCUUGCGUUUGACUUAAGUCUGUUGUUUGUGUCCUUGUUUUAAACUGACCACUUAGAAGGAGCGCCUUGGUUACCUGUGGUUCUCGUGGCUGCUCUGCCCCCAGCCUCGUGGAGAAACAUGACUCACUUUCCUGUACAGCCUGUGUAAAAGAGUCACCUGGGUAGGAGGUGACCGCUGCCUCCAGCAGACCUCGGGGCCUGGUUACUGUCGUCUGGCUCCGGAGACCCAGUCAUGCUUUGUCAGGAAAGAGGAGCAGAGACGAUGCCGCUGAGAGGAACAUUCCCCACCCAGCCCUGCUCGUGCCAAGAGUUUGGUUCCUACCCUGCUCUUGAACGAUGAUGGAGAGACUUGGCGCCACUAUUAUGGUGAGAAAGGAAUAAAAAGGCAGACAACCCAAGUCCACAUGUAAACACACAGACCCGAGGCUGUAAGGUGAACGCGUGUCUGCAUUUGGAUACCACAAACCAAAAUCUUUGUCGAACAAAAGUGAAGUCUACACAGUGAUGUUGGAUGGCUUGUGUGUGUGUGUGUAUGUAUGUGUGUGUGUAUAUGUGUGUGUGUGGUAUGUGGCCCCGAGCCCUGUGUUUUCUGUGAAGAUACUUUGAAUGGCCAUUCUGCUCACAUAUAACCACAUGCCUGGAGCACGUAUGGCCCUCUCAAGGUAAUUUAUUUUAUACAUUUACUGUUUACCGAACAAUCGUCUGACCGUACUCGGGUGUAUGCAGCAAUCUCGUCGACGGCAUGGCCUGUGUUUGCCAGCGACACUGCCCUCCAGAAAGGUUUCUUCCUCAGCUCGCCACUGCGAUUUGCACACUGCUCCACGGGCACUCAGAGGCCUCCAUUCUGUUCCCUGUGCGUGGAAACAUCCGGAACCAGCCCCCCCUCACCCACCCCCCCCAUUGGCUUCAGACAGGAGCUUGAUUGGGUCUUGAGUUACAAGCACGAACUGGUUGUGGCCCAGACAUCGGCCUGUCCAGGAUCAACGGGAGUCUCUGGCCCCAUGCACAGCUCAUCCCCCAAGAUCCAGAGAGAGGGCUGGUGCGUGGUCAGAGGGGCCCGAGCUGCAGCCCUCCUGCACUUCCCAGCUGAUAAUCUUGUUAAAAUCCCAGACAACUCACUGCAGUGUCUCAGAGGCGAGUUCAGUUUUCCCAAAAUGAACCCCUCGUUCAUUAACUGUUUGUGAGAUGGGACCCUCUCCAGUUUUGUUGCCCUGGCAGAGUGAGGGGGCUGGCCCGAGUGCCGACUAGCUUUACUGAAGCACCCACCAUGAUGCCCGAGCCACAGUCUGGCCCUGCUGCUGUAGGCCACCCUGAUGCUCAGAGAGAGCACCGGAAAAGUGAGUUAGGGGCCAGGGAGACUUGACUGAGUUGGGUUUCUAGGUAGGAAGGGUUAGGCAGAGGGCUUGGUGCUACGGUCAGAUUUGCAGCCGCUAACACAUUCCUGUGUGAGGCCACCACCGUCUGCCAGUUAUUGUGAAUAUGUGUAUUUUAAGCAAUAAGAUUCAGUUGCUCAGACUGCCCUGAGCGGUCUGGGUGACGAUAUCCUGUGCUGUGAUUGUCCGGAAGACAGAGUGGCUCCAACCACUGUGAGAAACCCCAAUAAAAUCAGUCUCAAGUGUUCUA